AUGGACUCCCUCCGCGCUGAAGAUGUUUCGAUCGAGACGGCGGAUGUGACAAGCCCAAUCGACGACACGGAAGGUUCGGAGAGCCCUACCGAAUCUCGCCGGGGAAAAAACAAGUCCGACGAGACGCAAGCGUCCAGCAUUGACAGUCACGACGUGACCAAGACCGAACCACCUGCAGCGCGCCCCCCCCACUUUCAGGAGCCUUCCGAAGACGAGGCCGCCAUGUACUACCAAUGGUUGCCUUCGCAGCCAAUCCUCCUAGGCCGGACUUCCUCUCUUUCAUUGCCCUGGAAUAACGCGAUGGCGGCUCCUCGGCGCGGUGCUUGGAACUACGGGAGGGAGGAUACCAGCAUGUCCUGCGGACCUGUUGGUGCACAUCCUAUUCGCGAACACUGGGAUAACGAUUCCUUCCGAGAUCUCCUCUCAGACGCGUUUAAUGAAGUACCGUAUUCAUCCAUGGUACCCGUCCGGGUUGGUCGAACAAUAAUGCCGGCGAACGAGCGACCGGUUGUCCUCUGGGUUGGCAUUGAAAGUGCCGUAGCCUCCAGCGCGACAUGGCCGAUGAUUGCCCACUGCUUGAGCCUUGUGCGCGGCAUUCUCGACAGAAAGCAGCUUUUCGACGUUGAAUGCGAGCUCCGAUCUAGCAAUGACAUAAAGACUGCCGAUGCAGCUGGUCAUCUACCAGCGAUAUGCCCACGUUACGUGCUGCCAACGCGUGGCGACCGACUUAGAGAUAUGAGUACCCAAGAAAUCGCAUGUGAGCGGGCGAUUGCAACCACACUGGGAACGAGUGUUGCCCCGAAGAAAAAGAAAUGGAGCGAGGGUACCUUGGGCCUUUUUCUGGGUCCGACGCAUGGCACUGGGGGUUUGGACGAUCCCGUCUGGGCACUCACAUGCCACCACGUCGUGUGUCCUGAAGACGGCGAUGCUAAAGACGACAAAAAGAACGACAAGGACGAAAAAGGCGAUGACAACACUGGCUCUGAUGGCGAAAGUUCGGACGGUGACACUGGCUCGAAUGACAGCGGCACGCCACUGGUACUGAUGCCUGCCUCUGUGCAACUCAGGGAGGCGAUCAAGACGAUUCAUCGACUGGUUGCUAAAGCGAAAGAUGAUCUGAGAAGUCGUGUGACGGAAGCCCGGGUUGAGAAUUUUGACAGGCUUUCUACCCUCAGCGACAAACUCGCUGCUUUCGGUGCAGCAAAGCAGGGCCGCAUUGUCGGCCAUGUCGACCACGCGCCACCUCCUGGUGUCAAUGACCAUCCAGACGAGCCUAGAUACACGAGGGAUUGGGCACUAAUUGCACUAGACCGGGCCAAAUUCCCGCAAGGUUUCAAUUUCGCCAACUUCGUUGAUGUCAAUACGCUUACUGGUGACCCCAUUGCGGACAUUAUUAACCGCAGUCUUCACCGCGACCACCGCUUUACAGCGCCUGACGAAAAUCUUAUGCGUUUGGCCGGGAUCGUUCCUCUGCGUGAACUACUGGGGGCCCCCAUCGCACCCAACCUCGUCAAAUUGCGAAGCGGCGAUUCGUGCAGGAUUUUGUUAAAACGUGGUCGGUCUACUGGUCUGACCGUCGGCGUCGAGCACGACUUCAGGGUCGUACGCAGAUAUUAUGUGGGAAAUGAAUGCGUCCAAGCUCUGGAAUGGAUGGUUCUCCAUAUCGGUGAAAAGAGAUCUAAUCCGAACGACGCGUACGAGAACGUAUUUUCCGCAACGGGUGAUUCUGGUGCAAUCGCCUUUGACCUAAGUGGCUAUGUUGGUGGGAUGAUCACUGGCGGGACAAGUUUCGCGGAACGAGCCUUAUCGGGUAUGGAUUUCACAUAUAUCACACCGAUGGCGCAUCUCCUCGCCGACAUUGAGCGGGAGCUUGGUUUCGAAGUGAAGAUAUUGUGA